GGCAGGACCCGCGGAAGAUAGCAGCUGGCGUCGUUUCCCCAAAAAGUAUUUGGUAUCCAUGGGGAUCCAGUAACUCCUCUGCUAUAGUACAUAUUUGACAAACUAUAGUCGGCUCGAGCUUGCACUCCAGCUUCACGUUCAGUGUGGUUCAGACGCGCGGAGCUUCUCAGCGUUUUAACUCAGUUGGUUUUUUGUCAGUUGGUGAGGCCACCCCAACAACACAGCAGUCAUGGACGCCAUCAAGAAGAAGAUGCAGAUGCUUAAACUCGACAAGGAGAAUGCCCUGGACAGAGCUGAGGGAGCUGAGGGAGACAAGAAGGCAGCGGAGGACAAGAGCAAACAGCUUGAGGAUGACCUGGUAGCGCUGCAGAAGAAGCUGAAGGGAACAGAGGAUGAGUUGGACAAGUACUCUGAGUCUCUUAAGGAUGCCCAGGAGAAACUUGAACUCGCUGAGAAGAAAGCCACAGACGCCGAGGCUGAUGUAGCUUCCCUGAACAGACGUAUCCAACUGGUUGAGGAGGAGUUGGAUCGUGCUCAGGAGCGUCUGGCCACAGCUCUGACCAAGCUGGAGGAGGCUGAGAAGGCUGCUGAUGAGAGUGAGAGAGGCAUGAAGGUGAUUGAAAACAGAGCAUCGAAAGAUGAGGAGAAGAUGGAGCUGCAGGAGAUCCAGCUGAAGGAGGCUAAGCACAUUGCUGAGGAGGCUGACAGGAAAUACGAGGAGGUCGCCCGUAAGCUGGUCAUCAUUGAGAGUGAUCUGGAACGUACAGAGGAGCGUGCUGAGCUCUCUGAAGGCAAAUGCGCUGAGCUUGAGGAAGAGUUGAAGACGGUCACAAACAACCUGAAGUCUCUUGAGGCUCAGGCAGAGAAGUACUCACAGAAGGAGGACAAGUACGAGGAGGAGAUCAAUGUUCUCACAGACAAGCUAAAGGAGGCUGAGACCCGUGCUGAGUUCGCUGAGAGGUCCGUGGCCAAGCUUGAGAAGACCAUUGAUGAUCUGGAGGACCCUCUGUACCAGCAGCUUGAGAAAAAUCGUCUUCUUUCCAAUGAACUGAGAGUGGUGUUAAAUCAGGAAUAAACUAUUACUGGAUGUGUUGUGAAAUUACCACUGUGCUCAAAUUGGAUGAAACAAAAUGAAAGGCACUCUUCAUUUGUGGCACAACAUUAAAAUACCUUUGUCUUGUCAUGUCAUUGGCCGUAGACGAUGCUGUGAUGGAAAUAUAGGCUAAUGUGUGUCUCUGACACAAACCUAAGAGUCAGGCAAAGACAAAAAAUAUAUACAUAUUGGAUCAUAUUUAUCGGGAAGAAAUAAUUGGACUUGUAGUUAAUGCGGAGCAUCAGAGAAAUUAAAUGCAUGUUCACAUUGCAGGUGAAGAGGGCAGGUUUCACAGACUCACAGAUGGAUUUAAGCGCAGGCCUAUUUUAGUUUAGUUAACCAACAUCUGGAAUUGUUAUUUCAUGAACAGCAAUUCGAUUUAGAUAACAUAAACUGGAUCACUGUCUAUAAGUCUAUGGCUGAAAGAUCGUCCAUUGUACAGGAGUAAAUCUGGGCAUAAUCUGGGUCUGUGAAACUGACCCAUAAUGUAUGAUAAGGCUUGAUAUGAGUGUGCAUUAUAACAAUAUCUACUGACUGUGGUUGACUAAGGAUAUACACAGGGACCACCUUUUAAUGUUUUAACUAUAACAAUCUUCAUUCAAUAUUAUUGGGUCCUUUUCAUUGUGGUCAAAAAUUAUAAAUAGUCUGCAGGCUUCAUUUUUAUGUUGCACACACAGUUUGUCACUAUCAGGCUAAUGAUGAGAUGAGAGAACUUUGGUAUGUGUCAAAUGUUGGAUCAGACACUCAUGGACCUCAAUAACAUGCAACAACAUGGUCCAUUAUCACACAAGACUGCACCGCUCACCUGCUGUGACCUGGUCCAGCAUUACACAAUGAUCACACCAACACUCACCUGCCGUUGCUAUGGAGGGCUCCUCCGUGCCCUCUUUGUGGAGAUCUCUGGGGCUUGACUGUUUUCUCAGCUCUCAGAGGGGCUGAGAAAACAAACACAAUGGACUUUAACUGGAUGUUAGCUAGACAGCAAAAUAGACAUAUGGCUGAGCAGUCACUUGACUCAUAUACCAUUUAUUUUUGUAUGUUAAAGUGAGAUUUAAUUGACAAAAUGUGCACGUGAUUUAUUCAAGCUGUUAUAAUGGACAGGAUUACUCUUGACCAAUUAAGCCAUAACCGAAGCCAAGGUUUAACAUUUGUACUUUUUUAUUCUGCUUUUGUAACUUGUUCUUUUAGUCAUAUAUUGUCCAUGUUUCUUUAUGUACAUGUUUCAUAUGUAUGUGCUGGUGCAUCAGUGAUAUACAGUACUUAUAUUUAAAAGAAAGUAAGCAUGUGCAAUAUGUACACUGAUACAAUGUUUAGCGAGGCGGAAGGUACAGUAUGUUCAUUUAAUCUCAAAUAGAUCGACCUAGAUCAUUUCAUGUCCAGUGUCUGCCACAGGAAUGUUUUUUUUUUGUUUGUUUUUGUUGUCAAAUAGUAUACAUGUUUGAUUUGAUGGUGUCUCUUGUUCAUUUUAUUAUGUGAAUGUAAUGUAUAAAUAAAAACCCACAAUCACA